UGUGAAUGUCUCCUCACAGUGGAACAUGGCGGCCAGCAUCCGCGCCCGCUCCAUCCGGCACCUCAGGAUACGAGGUCGGAAUGACAGCGGGGAGGAGAACGUUCCUUUAGAUCUCAGCAGAGAACCUAGUGAUAACUUGAGAGAAAUACUACAGAAUGUGGCCAAACUUCAUGGAGUCUCCAACAUGCGAAAGCUGGGCCAUCUGAACAAUUUUAUUAAGCUUCUAUGCAAAGUUGGCCACAGCGAAGAAAAAUUAGGUUUUAUGUAUGAACACAUAAUUAUUUGUUUGCGAUUAGCUUUGUUAAAUGAAGCGAAGGAAGUGCGAGCUGCUGGACUCAGGGCCCUGCGCUACCUUAUCAGAGAUUCCAGUAUUUUAGAGAAGGUGCUAAUGUUGAAAGUAGACUACUUAAUAGCAAGGUGCAUAGAUAUACAGCAGAGUAACGAAGUAGAAAGGACACAAGCUCUUCGACUAGUCCGAAAGAUGAUUACUGUGAAUGCUUCCUUAUUUCCUAGCUCUAUAACCAGUUCCUUGAUAGCAGUUGGAAACGAUGGUCUUCAGGAGAGAGACAGGCUGGUCCGAGCGUGCAUUGCAAUUAUCUGUGAGCUAAUGCUUCAGAACCCAGAGUUGGUGGCGCUCCGAGGCGGACUCAGUACUAUCCUGAAAAAUGUCAUUGACUGUCAGUUAAGUCGAAUAAAUGAAGCGCUCAUCACCACAGUGUUGCAUUUGCUUAAUCACCCCAAGACCCGACAGUACGUGCGAGCUGAUGUAGAAUUAGAGCAAAUUCUUGCACCGUACACAGAUUUCCACUACAGACAUAAUCCAGACACGGCAGAAGGGCAGCUCAAGGAGGACAGAGAGGCCCGGUUCCAAGCAAGCAAACUGGGGAUUGUGGCCGCCUUCCGAUCGUGGGCAGGUAUAAUUAGCUUAUGCAAGCCUGGAAACUCUGGGAUCCAGUCUCUCAUCGGGGUACUUUGUAUACCAAACAUGGAGAUACGGCGAGGUCUUCUUGAGGUACUGUAUGAAAUUUUCCGCCUCCCGGUUCCUGUUGUUACGAAGGACUUUAUAGAGGCUCUCUUAAGUGUAGAACCCAGUCGAUUUCAGGAAAGCUGGAGGCUUUCUGAUGGGUUCGUAACAGCAGAGGCUAAAACAAUUCUUCCGCACAGAGCACGCUCCAGACCUGACCUUAUUGACAACUAUCUAGCUUUGGUACUCUCUGCUUUCAUUACAAACGGUUUGUUGGAGGGUCUGGUCGAGGUCAUCACUAGCAGCGAUGAUGAUGUCUCUGUCAGGGCAACAAUCAUGCUUGGGGAACUUUUGCAAAUGGCAAACACAAUCCUUCCUCAUUCGCAUAGUCAUCACUUACACUGCUUACCAACGCUAAUGAACAUGGCGGCAUCUUUUGAUAUACCGAUUGAAAAAAGGCUACGGGCCAGUGCUGCUUUAAAUUGUUUAAAACGCUUCCACGAAAUGAAGAAACGAGGUCCAAAGCCACACAGUCUGUAUUUGGAUCACAUUGUGCAGAAAGCGAUUACAACGCACCAAAAAAGGGAUCAGCAUCAACGUAUUCAGAAAGAUAUAUUUAUUCUGAAGGACACUGAAGACGCUUUGGUGACAAACCUAAGAGACAGCCAAGUGCUUAACCAUAAAGAAAACCUGAAGUGGAAUUGGAGCCUCAUAGGGACCAUACUCAAGUGGCCAAAUGUAAACUUGAAGAAUUAUAAAGAUGAACAGCUGCACAGGUUUGUUCGGCGGCUCCUUUACUUUUAUAAACCAAGCAGCAAACUCUAUGCCAAUCUAGAUCUGGACUUUAACAAGGCGAAGCAGCUGACUGUCGUGGGAUGCCAGUUUACCGAGUUUUUGUUGGAAUCUGAAGAGGACGGACAGAAUUACUUAGAAGAACUUGUCAAGGACAUUGUACAGUGGUUAGGCGCAUCAUCUGGGAUGAAACCAGAACGGAGUCUUCAGAACAAUGGUCUUCAAAACACACUGAGCCAGUACUACUUUCUGUUUAUUGGCACUCUGUCCUGCCAUCCGCAUGGUGUCAAGAUGCUUGAGAAAUGCAACGUGUUUCAAUGUCUUCUUAAUCUUUGCUCGCUUAAAAACCAAGACCACUUGUUAAAGCUAGCCGUCUCCAGCCUGGAUUACAGCCGAGAUGGACUGGCAAGAGUUAUUCUUUCAAAAACUUUAACUUCAUCUGCUGAUAGCUGUCGGUUAUACGCCACAAAGCAUCUGCGGGUUCUGCUGAGAGCCAACGUGGAGUUUUUCAGCAACUGGGGGAUUGAGUUAUUGGUGACUCAGCUUCAUGACAAAAACAAAAACAUUUCCACCGAAGCUCUGGACAUCUUGGAUGAGGCAUGUGAAGACAAGGCUAAUCUUCAUGCCCUCAUCCAGAUGAAACCGGCUCUCUCUCAUCUUGGUGACAAAGGCUUGCUCCUCUUACUUAGAUUUUUGUCUAUUCCAAAGGGGUUUUCAUAUUUAAACGAAAGAGGUUAUGUAACGAAACAGCUGGAAAAGUGGCAGAAGGAGUAUAAUUUGAAAUAUGUGGAUUUAAUUGAAGAGCAGCUAAAUGAAGCUCUGACCACAUACCGCAAGCCUGUUGAUGGAGAUAACUAUGUUCGUCGGAGCAACCAAAGAGUACAACGUCCUCAUGUGUAUUUGCCAGUUCACUUGUAUGGGCAGCUCGUGCACCAUAAAACUGGAUGUCAUCUCUUGGAGGUUCAGAACAUUGUCCCAGAUCUUAGUUACACAAUCCGAUCACCCACUUUAGACACGUGGGAAGGGAUCAAGCAACUAAAGGCAGCCCUUUGGUCACUGGGAAAUAUUGGAUCUUCUAAUUGGGGCCUCAAUUUGCUUCAAGAGGAAAACGUAAUACCAGAUAUCAUAGCCCUUGCCCAACAUUGCGAAGUUCUCUCUAUAAGAGGAACUUGUGCCUACGUUCUUGGCCUACUCUCCAAAACGAAACAAGGCUGUGACAUCUUAAAGCUCUAUAACUGGGACUCUGUGCGGCACAGUCGCAGGCACCUGUGGCCCGUGGUCCCUGACGAAAUGGAGCAACUCUGUAACGAGUUAUCGUCCGUGCCAAGCACACUCAGCUUGAACUCGGAAUCCACCAGCUCUCGGCACAACAGUGAAAGUGAAUCAGGUCUUCCGAGUAUGUUCAUUAUAGAAGAUGAUCGAUAUAUGAAUUCUUCCUCAAGUCCGUUCUUUUACACAGAAGAAUCAGAGCAAACCUUCUAUGAUAAACCCCUGAAGGACAAGGAUCGCAGCCCUUUCAUGCUUCUUGCUCAGAGCAAGUUUGUCAAAAGUCGCUUCUUGAAUUCAUUAACUCUGCCUAGUAAGAAGCCGCGAAGCAACAGCAGCAGUAGUGACCCCAAAGCACGUGAGCGCAUAACUGAAAACAAGGCAGGCUUAAGGAGAAACCGAACGCUGACGGAGCCGAGCUCCAACAUGGAGUUUAAUUCCAUGGAUAGUUUCAGCUCUGUCUUUAAAGUUCCAAAGAUUAACACGCUUCGCCUAGAGACUUCUUAUGUCAACAAACACAAUGAUGACGCCGGCAGCACCCCUAGUUUUACUGAAAACGAUCUUAAGCUUCCGAAAAGUCUUGGAAUCGAAAACCACAGAGACCACACGAGCAGAGAAAAGUUAAUAGGAGACGGUUCCACGAACACCCAUUUCAAGAGCCGUAGCUUAAGUUUUAAUACGGACACCACAACCAGUGGCAUAAGCUCAAUGAGUUCAAGUCCUUCUCGAGAGACUGUUGGGAUAGACACUGCAAACCUUGAUACGGACUGCGGGAGCUUGAGUACAGUAGUAAGCACUAAGACUAUCAAAACAAUUCAACCAUCCAUACUGCAUCCAAAUCAUCUUCCUCUCUCGAAAUCCAACUCCGUGUCCUUGGUACCUCCUGGCUUAUCCCACACGCUUCCUCGGAGAGCACAGUCGCUCAAAGCUCCUUCGAUCACCACCAUUAAAAGUUUAGCGGAUUAUCAUUUCAGUUACACAAGUUCACGGGACGCCUUUGGCUAUGCAACGUUGAAAAGAUUACAACAGCAGCGGAUGCAUCCGUCGCUGUCCCACUCGGAAGCCCUAGCGUCGCCAGCAAAAGAUGUGCUUUUCACUGACACUAUAACCAUGAAAACUGGAAGCUUGGACUCCAGACUAACAUCUAGCAGGUUCAUGAAGGCAUUAAGUUAUGCUUCACUAGACAAAGAGGAUUUGUUAAGUCCCAUAAAUCAGAAUACACUUCAGCGGUCCUCUUCUGUACGUUCCAUGGUGUCGAAUGCUGCCUAUGGCAGUUCGGAUGACUACAUUGGCCUUGCUCUGCCAGUGGAUAUUAAUGACAUGUUCCAGGUGAAGGAGACGCCAUAUUUUCAAAAGUCUGCACCUCCUUGUGAAGAACGUGUCGCUAACUUCUUUGCACCUGAAGUAACAGGUGUCCCAGGCACUGGGGUAAGAAGUCCCUUCCAGGCUUUGCGGCAGCAGUUCAGCAUUACUGAGAUAAUGAACACGAGCCGCUCUGAUGCCUCCCAGUUCCUUGAAAAUACACAAGACACGGGCCUACAAGAACACACUGAUGAUAACUGCCUUUACUGCGUUGGCUUCCAGAUAAUGGGAUACAAUCACAGUAAUUCGUUAAAUGAAUAUAGUCGUUUAGACUUUCCCGACAUUCCAUAUUCAGACUGGUGCGCGCAUACCAUCCCCAAUCACUUAGAGGUGGUCUCCCACUCCACAAAGUUCUCUGGGAUUUCAGGGUGUAGUGAUGCCGCCUCUCAGGGCUCAGCAAGCAGUACCAAAAGUACCGAAAUAGUUCUAGGUGGAAAACCCAUUCCUGAAGAUACACCUGUGUGCCGAAUUUUGCUGAGAAAAGAGGUCUUACGGCUGGUUAUUAAUUUAAGUAGCUCGGUGGGAACAAAAGGACACGAAACUGGGCUUUUAACGAUUAAAGAAAAGUUUCCUCAGGCGUUUGAUGACAUCUGCCUGUAUUCUGAGGUCUCCUACCUGUUGGCUCAUUGCACCUUUCGACUGCCUUCUCGGAGGUUCAUUCAAGAGCUCUUUCAAGAUGUACAGUUUCAGCUCAUGCAUGAAGAAGCAGAAGCUCUCCUUGCUGUUCCUCCAAAGCAGCCAAUAAUCGACACAGAAGGUGAAUCCUGACCCCAAGAUUUCAAUGGCAGACUGAAUAUCAAUGGACUUUGUCUGGCUUGUCGGGCAGCAAAGAGAGGAGCGCCCCUUCCAUCGUGUCCCUGCGCAAACCCGCUUUAUGCACUGCGUCUGGAGACGACUCUUUAUUUUGUUCCUUGUACCUGAAGGACAUUGAAUCAUCAGACGUAAUGGUUUCAGACAGUACAGGCAAUCAUGCUUUUGGAUAGCUAUGUAUGCAAGAGCCAAGCAUUGAAAUGCCUGCCGUUCCUCUGUACAUAAUGACUCCCGAAUCCCCAAGGAUAUUUCGAGGAGAUGGUGAUUCACUUUCCUCUUCUGAUGCCUUGUACAUGAACUGUAUGUUAUAAAUAGGUAUAUCCUGCAUGUCCCUUCCUGACAGUAAUGACCUGCCAGGCCGGACGGGCACCUCAGGGACAAAGCACCCUGUGAUGUAUUCUCAAAACACUACUUGGAUGAUCGGUGGAUGUUUGUUGGACUUUGUCUAGAAGGCUUAACCCCUCCGUAACCUCUCACAUCUGUGUGUAACCUACUGACUGCCGUGGGGGUGGAUAGAGCCCCAGCCAUCUGGCACCCGUGGGGUUAAUCUUGUAGCCACUGCUUUGCUGUAGCCCUGUAUGGAACUAAAACACAUUUUCUUUUCCUUUUGGUCAUCAUCGAUUGAUGGGAAACGAUAUCAAUUCCUCCUGGUUUGAUACAACGCUAGCACAUGUCUUAAAUCUGAUUUUUAUUAUUCCCCUUCAUCAUCGUCUGAAAUUGAGGUCUGAUCUGGCAAACCCUUUCUGAGCCGUACCACAAUAACGCAUCGCAGCGGGACGCUCGUGGGGAUAAUGCUAGAACAGAGUUUUGCACAUUCCAUGAGAAAAAAAGACAAUCUCUGUCAUUUGAAAACUAAUUUAUUGUAUUAUGAUAUAUCCCUUAUAUAUAUAUAUUACUAGUUGCACGCUAGGUAAUCUGAUAAAGGUCCUAGCAGCAAGAACCUCCCUUUUUUUUCUUAAAUAAUGCCAGUAUUGUAUGAAAUAGUUUGCACAGAAAGCAGUCCAUGAAAUCCGGACUGAGCUUUUGCGCAGGUUGGGGGUAAGGAGCCUUUUUAAACCAUGUAAUAUAUAGCUUAUGAAAUGUGUCAGCAGCCUUUGGAGCCAUAGAAAAAAAACAAAUAAUCAAGGAUAUAUCGGUGAUCCCUCGGAUACAGACACCUUUACUUAACAUAUCUAUCUGAAAUUAGAUGGAAAUGUAUGAAGCCGCCUUGCUGUCAGAGACCUCUAAUGUAUUGCAGUGCAAUUUGUUGACCCUCUGCAGAAUAAAAGGUGACAAUAUGCAAAUAUGUAUAUAUACACACACGGACAUAUAUAUAUAUAUAUGUAUAUAUAUAUAUAUAUAUAUCAUGGACAAACUUCACUACAUUAUCGUGUAUGUAAUUCACAUUUAUCCUGUUGAAUGGCUUGAGUGUAUGUGUAUAUAUAUAUAUAUAAUCAUCCAGCUGGACUGUUAGAACCUGUGCAUAUAUUGGAUUAGAUAUGAACUGAACAGUGUUUGAUAACUUUAUUACAAAAUAUGUCCUAAUUGCUUACCUUAGAUCGAAGGUCGGCAGAGCUAGUCAUACAAACUACAAAUGUUUCUGUAAGAUAAACCGUAUUUAAAACACAAUUAAAUUGUAUACUAAUUAACAUAUUGA